AUGGCGGAAUCUUUCCCUCCAUCGUCAAUCCAAACUUCCCUCUUCACCCACAUCCUCUACGCCUUCGUCGAAAUCGACCCAUCAUCGUACGAGCUCACCAUCUCCCAAUCCGAUCAAAUUUUAAUGACCAACUUCACCUCCACCCUACACUCCAAAUCCCCACCACCGCCGAAGCUCUUCCUCUCCAUCGGCGGCGGGGGCUCGAACGCCUCAGCGUUCGCCACCAUGUCCAGCAACCCGACAACCAGAACGAAAUCCAUCGCCUCCACGAUCAAAUCCGCUAGGGACCACAACUUCGAUGGCCUCGAUCUCGACUGGGAAUUUCCUCAAACACCUGGCAAAAUGUCCAAUUUGGCGACCCUCCUCCAAGAAUGGCGGGGCGAGCCUCCUGUCGGAAUCCAUCGCCACCAAUCGCACAAUGCUCCAGCUCUCCACCGCCGUCUACUCCGCCUCCAGCUUCAUCCUCUCGCCGGAGGGUCCUUCCUACGUCGGCGACGGGGGAGCCAGCGGUGCUGUUCGAUAAAAAGAGCAACGUCAGUACCGGAUACGGGAUCGGGUCGUGGAUCGGGAUCGGGUCGCCAGCCCUCCAUAGUCUCCGGUUGA